GUGAGCCCAAGAGUUGGAAAAAUAAGAGGGAAUUGUACCCCAGGGAGAAGACUCAGGUCGCUGUAAACAUCUCCUCUGCUCCUGCCACCAUGCACCUGAGAAGACACGACUUAUAAAACUGUGGAGACCUAAAGGAGAUGUGGGUGAGACAUGCUUCACUCCUUCCUGCUGUCUUGUCUGGGGCUAGAGCCUCAUUCUCCUCCACCAACCAUCCAAGCAGACUUUCUCCUCACAGAUGCUGCCCAGUCAUAACAAACUCAUGGAACCUGGCAAUGAAACACAACUUUCAAAGUUUCUUCUUCUGGGAUUCUCAGAGGACCCAGCACUGCAGCCCCUCAUAUUUGGGCUCUUCCUCUCCAUGUACCUGGUCACUGUGGCUGGGAACUUGCUCAUCAUCCUGGCCAUCCUCUCAGACCCCCACCUCCACACACCCAUGUACUUCUUCCUCUCCAACCUGUCCUUGGUGGACGUCUGCUUCACCUCCACCACCGUCCCCAAGAUGCUGGUGAACAUCCAGACGCAGAGCAAAGCCAUCAGCUAUGCAGGCUGCAUCACCCAAAUGUACUUUUUACUGCUGUUUUCAGGGUUGGACAUAUUUUUGCUGACGGUGAUGGCAUAUGACAGGUUUGUGGCCAUCUGUCACCCCUUGCACUACACGGUCAUCAUGAGCCCCCGGAUCUGUGCCCUGCUGCUUCUGGUGUGCUGGAUCAUCAGUGUCCUGAAUUCCUUGUCACACUGCUUCCUGGCACUGAGACUGUCUUUCUGUGCAGCCCCGGACAUUCCCCACUUUUUCUGUGAACUGAACCAGGUGGUCCACAGUGCCUGCUCUGACACCUUUCUGAAUGACAUGGUCAUCUAUUUAACCGCUAUGCUGCUGGCUGCUGGUCCUUUGGCUGGGAUCCUGUACUCCUACUCUAAGAUCGUCUCCUCCAUCCGUGCAAUCUCCUCAGCUCAGGGGAAGUAUAAAGCAUUCUCCACCUGUGCCUCUCACCUCUCUGUCGUCUCCUUAUUUUAUUGCACACUCCUGGGUGUGUACCUUAGUUCUGCUGUUACUCAAAACCCACACUCAACUGCAACAGCCUCACUGAUGUACACCGUGGUCACCCCCAUGCUGAACCCCUUCAUCUACAGUCUGAGGAAUAAAGAUAUUAAGAGGGCCUUGAAGACAUUGUUUAUGAGAGAAACCAGAAAUUUAUCAGUUGACCCAUCUCAGUAGAAGUGCUCUUGAUUGUGGAGAUAGAAUCCUGGGAUCCAGAAAUUGUGACUUACUGAUGAGAUUAGAUACAAGUGUAACUUGUUUCUUCUGUUUAUAUCCUAUAAUUUCCAUUCUGUUGAGAUCAAUGUCUCUGCAACAUUUAACUAACUUAUUUAUUAGGUUGUCUGUUCUUUCUAAUAUCUACUUCUUUUUCUUUGUCAUUCUUUUCUGUUUUCCAAGUUUAUUCUAUCCUUAGAUCUAUGUGCUUCAAAAUUUCCACUCAAAAUAGAACACAUGAAUUUCUUAGGACUAAUUUCUUCUCAGAUAAACUAUGUCACACUGAGUUAUUUUUCUGUCAUUUAACUAAAGGAACAGUCAUGAAUUUGAUUACUCUAUGUACAAAACUACACUGGACAACUAAGACUAUUUAUGUAAUUUUUUAGGUUAUGAACAUCUGAAUACACAGUUUUUAAUAUGUGAAUCCAACAUAAUCUUCUAUAUCACAACAUUAAACUGCCCUUCCUAAUGAUGUAGUCUUUAACACGAUGUGCAUUUCAUAGCUGGUCACUGCGUUUGUUCUCAUUAGAAUACUGUUCUCUUAUUCAAAUUGGGAUUCACAGUGCUUCCCAGUCACUGGCAAAAGUUAAUUUUCCAAUUACUAAAUGUCUCUUAGUUAGCUGGACAGCAAAUUUAUUGUAGUUCCUUUUUUAAUAUACUUAUUAGAA